GCUGAUUGGCUGGUGUGUUCCGUUCAUCAUUGGAGGCCCCGCCCUCAGAUAAUGCAGCAUGGGGGAGAGAGCGCAACAAAAUGAAGGACUUCAGAGCCGCCGAUGGUCUUUAUAGUACCGCAGACUGAACGAUUCCGGCUGCUCCGCGGAUGGUGAUGCACAAUGCCCAUCGUGGACAAGCUAAAGGAGGCCCUGAAGCCAGGGCGAAAAGACUCGGGCGAUGAAGGCGACCUGAACAAGCUGCUGGCCUCCUCCGCCAAGAAGGUCCUGUUGCAGAAGAUCGAGUUUGAGCCGGCCAGCAAAGGCUUCGGCUACCAGCUCGAGACUCUCAAGACCAAGUAUGUGAUCCUGAACCCCAAGAACGACGGGGUGUCGGCCCAGAGACCGACGGAGCCUGCUCCCAUCAAAAGGCAGGUGUCGGAAGGCCUUAGCGGGGGGCAGGGCGAUGGCAUCCCUGCGCCGCAGAAGCUGCUCUUUCCAGGGAACAAGCUCUCCAUGAAGUGGGAGCGGGUGUACCGGGUCGGAGCCGGCCUCCACAACCUGGGCAACACCUGCUUCCUCAACUCCACUGUGCAGUGUCUCACCUACACGCCGCCGCUGGCCAACUACCUGCUGUCCAAGGAGCAUAGCCGUGCCUGUCACCAGUCAGGAUUCUGUAUGAUCUGUAUAAUGCAGAACCACAUCAUCCAAGCCUUCGCCAACACAGGCAACGCCAUCAAGCCUGUGUCCUUCAUCCGAGACCUGAAAAAAAUUGCUCGCCACUUCCGGUUUGGGAGUCAGGAGGACGCCCAUGAAUUUCUGCGCUACACCAUCGACGCCAUGCAGAAAGCCUGUCUUAAUGGUUACCCAAAGCUGGACAGGCAGACGCAGGCGACCACGCUAGUACACCAGAUCUUUGGGGGUUACCUGAGGUCACGAGUGAAGUGCUCCAUUUGUAAAAGUGUAUCAGAUACAUAUGACCCUUAUCUGGACAUAGCAGUGGAGAUUAGGCAAGCGGCGAACAUCGUCCGUGCCCUGGAGCUCUUCGUCAAACCCGACGUUUUGAGCGGGGAGAACGCCUACAUGUGUGCCAAGUGUAAGAAGAAAGUGCCAGCAACAAAGCGGUUUACGGUUCAUCGGACGUCGAAUGUUCUCACGCUGUCCCUUAAACGCUUCGCCAACUUCAGCGGAGGAAAGAUUACCAAGGACGUUGGUUACCCAGAGUUCCUGAACAUUCGUCCGUACAUGUCUCAGAGCUCAGGAGACCCAGUGAUGUACGGCCUUUAUGCAGUCCUGGUGCAUUCUGGGUACAGCUGCCAUGCUGGCCAUUACUACUGCUAUGUUAAGGCGAGUAACGGGCAGUGGUACCAGAUGAACGACUCGAUGGUGCACUCCAGCAACAUCAAGGUUGUCCUCAAUCAGCAGGCCUACGUCCUCUUUUACCUGAGGAUUCCUGAGAAGAAGAACACAGAUGGCCCAAAUGCAAAGCAGAACCUGGUGCAUUCAGCGAGAGCUAACAUGACCCCUGAGCAGCUGAAGAAAAUCACGCUGAAUGGACCGCUGUCCUCUCCGCAGAUUACUAAGAAGCUGGACACGGCUCAGCUGAGGAAGAUCCAGUCUGUGGACGGGGGUCUGGGCGUCCCCGUGUCUCGAAACGGUCUGAGCGUCCAGACGCCUAAACUCUCCAACGGGACGUCCUCAGCCCACGCCGUGCCCAGGCUCUCCGGCGGCCCCACGCUGAUCGAGGAGCCCUUCAAGAAGCUGAAGAAACCCGCCCCCCAGCCCCGCGGCUCCGCCCCCAACUCCUCCUCCAACGGGAUCAGCAAACCAGACCCCGACAAGAAGAGCGGCGGGGAGCAGAGUCGCAGUCUGGUGCUGUCUACCUCACUCAAAUCCCUGUCCGACUCGUCUUCAGCCGACACCUCCUCCGAGUCCAAGGAAUCGAUCGGCACCAGAAGUGCUCCCGUGGGGAACAUGUGCGCCCCCGCCAAGAGCAGCGCCAACGGGACCGCCUCUCCGGCUAAAAGUGUGGAGCGAGCAGCUCCGGAUCAGGAGCAGAAAUCAGCCAAGCUGAAACCGCCGGCCCUCACCAACAUCACGUCCGAACACAACAGCACCAUGUCUCCUCCUCCUGCCAAGAGACUGGCACUGUCCGCCAAGAAGGCCAGUCCCAGUCCCAGCCUCAGCCUCCGGACCCCGAACAACAACAACAACCGCAGCAACAGCAGCCGCAGCACUGAGGCAUCAUCCUCCUCCUCCUCUUCAUCACAUCAUCAGUCCUGUGUUCCCUCGCAUCCAGCGCAACUUCACCAUCUUACCCCUGCUUCACCUCCUCAGCACCACAGGGUUUCAUUCCAUUCACCCAAGCUUCAGUCUCCACCCUCCACUCAUCUCUUUAAAAACUCCAGCCCCCAUAAAGAGCCCUCCUCCUCUUCCUCCAAGAGGCCAGCACUCUCCUCACCAAUCAGCAAGCCCCAGCCCCACCCUUCCAGCCACCCUGGACCAAUCAAGAGUCAGAAAACUGUGGAGUGCGGUGAAGAUGUUGCUGAUGGACUCUGCAGUCCCGUCUUAAAGAAGAAGAAGAAGAAAAAGAAGAGACGUCACUCUGAAGUCGAAGCCCCCGUCACUGAGCUUCCAAACCAGGCCAAACCCCUGCAGAACGAGACGGAGCCGAUCAGAGAGAGGAGGAAAGAGAAGAAACGGAAAAAGAGUAAAAAGGAGGCAGAGCAGAACGGCCUCGAGUCUCAGAGAGAGGCAGUGCAGUCUCACCUGGAGCCGCCGCCUCAGGAUGAAGACUGGUGUUUAGGAGAUACGUGGACGAUUAGCAACGACGCUAAAGGAGCGACAGAAAGGCCAAAUAAGCAACAUCAGCAAUCUGAAACUCCCACAGAGCCCAAACUCAAACUAUCUCAACCCAAAACCCAACUGAGUCCGAGCCCGAGCCCGUUACCUUCACCUGGACCAGACCUGAAGGCCUCCGCUUUAAAAAAGAAGAAGAAGAAAAAGAAGAAGAAGCUCAGAGAGGAGCUGCAGGAGUCUGAGGGCAAACCUGACAUUUAUAAUAGUGCUAAUGGAGUGAGUGGGUCGAUGCAGGUAAAGGCAGAGCGAGAGGAAUUGCGAGAGCCGAAGAAGAAAGCCAAGAAGAGGAAAAGAGAAGAAGCCAAACUGAGAGAAGCUGGAGGAACUCGCCCAGAACCAUUUAGAGAUGAACCGAUUAAUCAGAUGGACCGUGUGGAGACAGAGGAGUGUAAACCUGCUGGAGAACCAGCCGCUGUGGUAGUCUGGGACAGUCAGGUUCAGGACGGCUUUAAGCGCAGCAGAGACUCUGCAGCAUCAGAAGACGCUCCUGAGAAAAAGCCUCGUCCUGCUCCCAUGGCCUGGGACGGCAAGAAAAGCUCCAGCGUGGUCGAGGAGCUCCUGAAGAACGCCAGAGAUAAAGCGUACGGAAAUGAAGUUCUCAGUUGGGAUGGAGAGCGCUCUGCUAUCAGUAAAGAUGCAAUCGAUGAUGCACGUUGGGCCAAACAUGACACUGUAAUCGAUGAGUGGGACGAAGAGUUUGACAGUGGAAAGGUAAAGAAAAUUAAGUUUAAGAAGGAGAGGAGAAGAAGUGGAAACGUCUUCCAGAAGAUCCAGGACCGUCGCAACAUGUGGUCCGUCACCGCGAAAGGAAGGAGGAACAGUCUGGGCUAUCAUUAGUGAGACAAGGGCUCUGAGACGAGACGUGCUGGUGCUCCCCGGAUCGGACGCUUGCUGAUUGGACGCGGAACGGUGCGGUCUCUCCGAGAGAACGUCCUGAAGAAAGAAGAGGAUCAUCCGAAGAGUACUGUGAAAAAAUAAUAAUAAUUAUGAUUAUAAUUAUAAUACAGAAAGCGAUCGAAGCUUUUGGGGCUUAAUCUGGGGUUUGAGGUCUAAUCCACUUUACUGUGGGUUUAGAAGAUCAAACCACCGUAAUAAAAGACCCACACUGGUCACACUGGUCCAGCUUCCAGCUUCCAGACGUCUGUGGUGAGAUGCUGUACUGUAGCUUCUGCUGUCUGCUGGUCUGAUCUUGUCGGGAUUCAGGAUGAGACACGAAUUUAAGGUGAAAAACGAUGCUGAUGAACUGAUAACCAUCCCUCCCUCCAGGGUGAUGAGUAACGGUGCUGUUAUUAAUAUUAUCGGGCGUACUGCGAAUCACUUGGGCACAGACCACUGAUGCACACUGCCUCCCGGUUUACUGACGAAGAAUCAAAACUCACGAACCAUCUCAGAAUUAUUAUUUUUGCUAUUAUUUUUGUUAUAGUUAUUUUAUUAUCAUUAUUUUCUGUUAUUACUUAAGUGUUUUAGUUCUUUGAAUGAAGCACAACACUCGAAUGUUGAAGGUUUAGAUACAGUAUAUAAAAAAUAUGGCCUGAAACUGAGUCACGGAGUCAAAUGAAUCGACUGAAUCAAUUGAAUCAUUCUCUCUGAUUCAGAUGAACUAAUCCAAAUACUCAAAUCAUUACAGUGAAUACCAAAUACUUGAGGACGCCGAAUACACUCGCACCAUUUUUACAGCUUUAUACAGAGUAAGUGCUUCAGAAAACGAUGUGAAUGAAUGUUGUGCAUGUUUUUUAUUUUAUUUUAUUAUAUUAUCAACAAUGAUUCAUUUCAUUUUUUGGGGGUUCUGAACCAAAAAGACCCAAUGGACGAUUCAUGAGUGAAAUAUAACAAGCCUUGCUUGGUGCAUUGACCUCUUUUUCUUUAAAUCUUCCGUUAUGUUGUGGAUUUGCCUUAUUUUUUUCUUUUUCUUUUCAUUUUUCUUGAGUUGAACAUAAAUAUUCUGCAUUUUAUUUUUAUUUUGUUCUGAAUAUUCUGAAUAUUAUGGGAAUCUUCUUGACGAGAUGGCUCUAGUUGAAAAUGUCAAAAAUAUAAAAAUUUUUGAUAUGUGUUCAUUCACAUAUGAAGGUCAUAUGAAGCAUAUCAAAAGGUUACUACAAUCUUUAUAAAACAGUUGCCUUUAACAAUUGGAUCUGCCCAAUUUAUCAAUGCACCAAUGUAGUAAUAAUAAUUCUAUUAUGUCCAUCAGUGACGUAAGGGAGAAAAUAUUGCAUGGAUAGCUUGCUUUUUUAAAAGCAUUUAUCUGUUUGUUUCACUGUAAGAAAGGCUGUACUCAAUCAGUGCUGCUUCUACUUUUGCAUCAGCAGCCGGAGUCAGAGAGAGAGAGAGAGAGAGAAUACAGGAAGUCAUAAGUCAUGUUGUUGGUUGGCUCUCUCUUCUCGUCACUCCUAUACACAGUGAUGUUGUUUGUUGGAACAGGCGUCUGUUAGCUGAAUGUAUCAGAGCUGAGGAUGCGACGCUUUCCUCUGAUCUGAGCUGCAGUGAUUGGCUGCUGUUUGGAAAGGGGCGGAGUCUGCUUGAUUUCUUCACAUGUAUCGUGAGCAUCGAAGGUAUUCAGAGUUUACCUGGGUUUAACUGGGUAGCAGACAAAAUUAAAGCCGAACAAAGUAAAAUAAAUAACAUAAAUAAAUAUAUAUCAUAUUUUAUUGCAUAUCAGCAACAUUUUCCAGCCAAUCCCAUUGCCGCUAUCGCGCUUUCUCGCUCUCUACUCUCUAUGCAAGUCGCACAGGUCACCUGAAGCCGGGGUUCACCUCAGGAACCGGUCCUAAGAGAAUGUCAGGAACGCCGGGAACGCCGCUCUCUUGCGUCCCCUUCAUCGAACCUACUGUAGAAACCGAGCCACAGUUCCACUCAAUUCCACACAGUUCCACACAGUUCCACACAGUUCCACACAGUUCCAGUCCUUCACCUUUUCAUAAUCCAUCACCAAUCAUAUAUAUGAAUCAUAAUUCAUAGCGCAGAGAUCUCUAUUAGACGUCUCUGGAGUUGUACUAUAAACGCUUUGGGACUAAAAUCUACAUUAAAAAAAAUAUAUAAAAAUAUAGAUUUUAUUCCAGAUACUUGGAUCCACAGACGUUCACAGCGUUUGAGUCCGUAAUUGAGUUAUGGAGAGUAAGAUGUGAUGCUUUAUUGAUUAGAACAUUGUACAGUCCCACUCGUGCUCUCUCUGUGUGACCUCCCGAACAUCCUCGUAGUUGAGAAUCCUCCCCGAACCCCAACCCAAAACCCCAAUUCUUCCAUUUUAGAGAAGUUGCCUUGAACUGAUAAAAAAAAGAGUAAUAAAAAUAAUAAUAAUAACAACUAGAUCUUAAAAGUUGAAGUUUAUAGUUUUAAAAAACGAGACGCGUAUUAAAAUGCACAUAUAAUUCACAAAUUAACGAAACCUAAUAUAUAUGUUUAACAGGUUUUUGAACUGUAACUGGGAGCUCCUCAGUGGUUAGAUGUCCGGGGGGGCGUGUCCGAGAGGACGAAUCGUACGUCGCUCUCCUCUCGGACCCGCCCCCUCUCUUUAAUGGCAGUAAAUUACACUUAAAUCCAGGAUGAAGAUCCACAAAUAAAAAGCUGAGUUCUGUAGAAUGUGUUGGUGUUCUGUUAGAAACGUCACUCGAGGUCUCUUCAGUGGAAGCGACGCUGAAGAACACGCUCUGAUCUCGACGUCUGAUUCAUGUCAUCAUAUUUGCACCGCCGAUUCUGUACCUUUAUGCCGCCUUUUCGAGACUAAGAAGAGACAUUCGAUAUCGAGGAAACGUGAAUAUAAAUAUACUGGUGCAAUAAAGUUGUGAUUUUUGUGAAA